UUCAAAUUAAAUUCAAUCUCUGAGCUCUGAUCUUCCUUUGCUCUGAUCUUCCUUUACACGACACCGCAAAACUCCCUCCAUUGCCAACCAACCCGUUUUUCCUUUCAAAUUCUAUAAAUUCUUCUGAAGUUCCCCUGUUUCUGAAGAAACCCUCAAAUCCCAGAAGCUUCAAACAUCGAUCGGUGUUCAAUUGGCGGUGGUGGAUGGCAAAAACCAACAAAUACACCUCCAUCAAUUUCAAUCACAUCUACGACAAGAAUCUCUCCUCCAAUUCCAAAACUGGCACUAAUCUCUCCAAAAACCCCUCUUCUUCUUCUUCUUCUUCUUCAUCUUUUGCUAGCAAGUCCCAUGGCCGCAUGCUCGUCCUGACCCGUCCUACCCCCAAACCCAUCACCUUGCCUCCGGUUCUUUCCCCCCAGCCGCAAUCUCGACCCUCAUCUGCCGAUCAUCGUGAGCUUCCGGAUCGACCCCGUUCGCAACCUGGUUCUGAUUCCAUCUCUCUUCGCCCUCUCGGGCGGACUGGUACAGGCGCGAUCGCUCCGUCUCCGAUUCCGAGCUUGGAGAAGGAGAAGGAGAUUCCUCCUCCUCCGGCGGUGACGUUGCAUAAACCGGAGAAAUUUGUGCCGCCACAUCUUAGGGCGGGUUUCGUCGGGAAGGAGGAGAGACCUGUGAACGUUGGGAUCCGACCUAGAGAGGUGAAUCAGAGGCAGUAUGGGAAUUACGGGUCUCCAAAUCGGUAUGCUGAAGAUGGGAGGCCGAAAUCCGGCGGUGGGUAUGAAAGGAUGAGAGGGACGGUGGUGAAUCGGCCACGUUCCAGCGGGAAUCGCCCGAGUUCUAGUUGAUGAUUCAAUCUGAAGUUGGGUACUUUUCCAAGGAUGAAGAUGGAUUAGAUUUGAAGCAGGAAGCAGAGCUACUGAUGAGCACCCAUACAUCUUGUAUCCUUUUGGAAUUUAAAUUUUUUAGAGUUCUUAGUCAUGGAAGAUAAUACAAAAAUACCAAGGUGACAGUACUUCAAAUUCAGAUUGCCAUACCCCAACAAAGUGAAGUUUCUCAGCAUCCAAUCCCUUCAUUGAUUGGUAGUUUGGCUUCACCCUCCUCUUCUGCAUUUUUGUAAGGGGCGAAAGGUCGUUUCAGAAUGCAGAACUGACCAGUGUUGUCGUUGUCGUUGUCGUUGACUGCUUUUAGAGACUUAGCAGCGUCGUCUUGUCCUGUGUUGUUCCUUUUUCAUCUCUCAGUUUGUAAAAUGAAAGAUUGUUAUUGUGUAAGGAUGUUAGGGUUGUUUCAGUUUGUUAUGGUCUUAUCAGUAUAUUUCAUUGUUGAAUCCUCUCUGGGGAAGGUGAAUCAAAUGGCCAUUCUAAUGCAUUAUAAUGUGCUGACCAUAAUAUAUGUUAAGUUAC